GGAACUCCUCUUUAUGUCUAUGAUGUGAAUCGUUUGACCGAUAAUUAUAACGUCUAUUUGGGUUCUCUAAGAAAUCUCAAGAAUUUUAUGCUCUGCUAUGCCGUCAAAGCCAAUUCAAACGUUGCACUUUUGGAGAUUUUCUCACGUCUUGGCUGUGGUUUUGAUGUGGUUUCUGGCGGUGAGAUAUCCAGAUGUCUGUCCGUUGGCGUCGAUCCAUCAAAAAUCGUUUACAGCGGAUGUGGAAAAUCAAUUGAGGAAAUUGAUUACGCCGUCAGAUCUGAAGUAUUUUGCAUUAAUGUCGAGUCGUGGGCAGAGUUGGAGCGCAUCGAAGACAGAGCUCGAGCCCAUAACAAAGUGCAAAACGUCUCCAUCCGUAUCAAUCCCGACGUCAAUCUUGAAGGCCAUUCGCACCCCAAUAUCCUAACAGGUUCUUCAAUCCAUAAGUUUGGAGUCCCUCUACAGGAGGCGCCGGAGAUCUACAAUCGGGCGAAGGCUUCGGCACAUCUCAAAGUGAAGGGCAUAUCAUGUCAUUUGGGCUCAAGUAUCCAACAGUUGGAGCCAUUCAUCGAAGCGCGAGACAAACUGUUGGCCUUAGCGGACGCACUGAGACAAGAGAAUCGCAUAUGGGUUGAGCACAUCAAUCUCGGCGGCGGAUUCGCCGCACAGAUCGCCACUAAUCUGGAUGUGCCCGACAUUCCCGCGUGGGUCGAGAAGUUGGCCAAACCUAUCACCGAAAGAGGUCUGAAGUUAGUUCUAGAGCCCGGACGCAGUCUUAUGGCCGACGCGGGAAUACUGCUAACGAAGAUCGAGUACGUGAAGAGAUUCGGUUCGGUCGGCGGUUCGGGAACGAGUUCUCCGCGUUCGGGUUCACUCAUCGAGAGCUCCAUUCCUAGCGCUAAGUCCGGAAAAGCUAACAAAGCGUUUGUUGUGGUCGACGCCGGUUUCAACGACUUCGCCCGAACCGCUCUCUACGGACAACAGCACAAAAUCAUCCCUUCGAACGCCAAAGUGGAUCAGUUGCCGGGUCUGCCCUCCGAAUACAAGUACGACAUCGUUGGCCCCAUUUGCGAGUCAACCGACAUAUUCUUCAGAGACUUAAUUUUAUCGCAAAAACUUGAGAACAAUUCCGCGCUCGCCAUCUGCGAUGUCGGCGCUUAUGGUAUGACAUUGUCGAGCAAUUAUAACAGCCGUAAUCGUGCGGCAGAAGUGCUUAUAUCCGACGGACCGUCACAUACGCUGAUCCGCGAAAGAGAGACAUAUGAGGAUCAAUACGCGAAGGAAAGGACUGCGACUGACAUUAAUCUGAGAGCGUUGGAGAUGUUGGAGGAGUUUGCGAGCAAAGAGGACCUUGCUCAAACUGAAAAUGGCAACUAAAGCACUCAUCUCUACGAUUCCCAAUGAAGUGAUUUCCAAAGUCUUCAUAAUUAUAUUUUUAGAUAAUUUUUUCUUUGAAAACAGAGUACAAAAUCCAGAGAUAAUUGAUUUUGUCCUCAAAAUAUUCUCAACAAAAUUAUUUGUAUAAAAAUAUUUUUACGAUUAUAUAAUAUAAUAAUAUUAUGGUAUAUUCAGUAU